AUGAGUAUCGAUAGUUGUUAUGAAAGCGUAAUCGCGAAAUUAACUGCUGACAAUAGAAUAAAAGAAAUUUCACAAAAAUUAUUAUCUUUUACACAAAACGAUGAGAGAGUUUUGUAUGUUUAUGGAAUUUUAGGCAGCUUAGAUGCCUUUCCAGACCUAAUAUCUGUAUCCAAGUCUGAGGAUGUUUCUUUACACUACCGUCUCCUAGGCAACCAGCACUAUGGAAGGAAAGAAAACUAUACAGCCUUACAGUAUUAUAACUUGUCACUGUUAUAUGCACCAAUAGGAUCAGUGUGUUACAGUGUAGCUUUAUCAAACAGAUCUGCAGUAUUUUUGUCAUUAAGGAAAUAUGAUGAAUGUUUAAAAGAUGUUGAAAAAGUAUUUAAAUGUGAAUUUCCAGCCAACCUAAACAACAAAUUAAUUAAAAGAAAGGAAACCUGUCUCAAUAAUCUAGUAAACAAAAAUGAACAAAAUGGACAUAAAGAGAACCCAGAAAUUAAAAAAAUUCUUUCAUUGGAAGGUCCCAAAGACCCCAGAUAUGUAUGUGCAAGUGCAAAAUUGGAAGUUGUUUAUAAUGAAAAAAUGGGUCGGCAUGUUGUUGCAAAAGAAGAUAUAAAAGUGGGUGAAGUAUUAGUUGAAGAGGAGCCAUACUUGGUAAUCCUAUUGAGUUCACAGUAUUUGGUCUGUUGCAAUUAUUGUCUGUCUAGAAGUAUGAAUUUGUUGCCCUGUCAUAAGUGUUGCUAUGUUUUAUAUUGUAGUGAAGCUUGUAGAGAGAAUGCUUGGAAAGAAUAUCAUAAAAUUGAAUGUUCAUUAAUGCCUAUGUUGUUGCAUAUGGAAUUCACAAAACUUGAAUGGCUUGCCCUCAGAACUGUCAUAAAAGCUCGAAAUGAACAUAAAAAUUGGACUGAUUUAUUCAAGACAAUAGAAGAAGCUGAGAAUUCCAAUUUGGAAUAUAAAGGUCAUGUUAAAGUAAAUGAUAAAUGGGUGUAUGAUUCUAAAAAUUAUGUAUCAAUUCAUACUUUAUCAAGUAAUAUUGACAAGAGAUCUAUCUCAGAUAUCUUUCAGAAAUCUGUCACGGCUGCUGUAUUUUUAGAUAUGUUGUUUAAAUAUACAAACUUUUUGGAUAGUGAGGAUAUUGAUGUGAAAGUAAAAGCUAAGCAAUGUGUGGCUGGUAACUUGUUGCACCAUAUUAUGACAGUUCCCAUCAACAUGCAUGGUAUUGAAUCCACAAAACAAUCUGCUAAUGGCAACUAUGUGGAUGAAAUAAAUAUUGCUAGUGGAGCUUAUGCAUACCAUAGUUUAUUAAACCACUCCUGUUCUCCUAAUGUAGUUCGAAUCAAUAAAUUGGGCAGCACACUCAUGUCACUGAUUGCACUGAGACCAAUAAAAAAGGGAAUGCAAAUCUUCGAUAAUUAUGGCUCUCACCAUGCCCUCCAAGAUUAUGUGACACGGCAAAGAAGUCUUAAAUUUCAAUACAAAUUCACCUGUUGUUGUGAAGCUUGUGUUGAUAGGUGGCCUUUAUAUUUUCAAAUGGACAGUGGUUUAAAUUUACCUCUAAAAGUAAUUAAGAAAAAAAAGGAAUUGUUGAGUUCAGAUGUAAUUGAAAAACUACAGAGAGGCGAUAUUAACACAGCGAUAAAGUUAUACAAGCCUUUAUGUGAACUCGCUGAGAGUUUAGAGCCGUAUGCACCAUGUACUGAAUUAGCUGACUGCCAAGAAACACUGAAGCAAUGUUUGCAAAUAUUUACUGGUCUUGUACCUUACGAUUUGUCCAUUUCAGUAGAGUGGGGUGCAAAACCUCCUACUCAGUACCAACUUAAAGCUUAAGAGCGUUCAUUUUUUUUACUGUAGUGUGGCAACGUCGCCGCUAUCUGUCAAUUUCCAAAAACGUUAUUUUUCAAAUUUUCUUUUCAUUUUAAAAGGGCUCUGCUAGCGAACUAAGAAGGUAAUAAUUAUAAUUUACUAUAAUAUUACAUCUACUAUUAAAGACAAUGCGCCUACUUCAUAUUUUUCUUCACAAUUUUUUAAAUAUCGUUUGUUAUCAAAAUCCAAAGUUUUAGUAUACAAUUUUAUAAGAAUAUUACAUUAUUAACGUUUUAGUUCGCUAGCAGAGCACAAUCCGAAUUUAAUUGUUUUUGAAAAUUUACAGAUAAUUACGAUGUUGCCAUACUUCCUUGUAAACGCUCAAUUGUUAAUAUUUUCAAAUAUUGUUAUUCCAUUUUUCUGUGUUCUUAAUAACUUUAUAAAAAUUGUUUAUUCUAUUUGGUGAAUUAUAUGUAGAUUACGUACACUGUGUUGAUAGGGAUUUAUAACAAAUGAGUAAUGAGUAUUAAUUUUUGGAACAAUUAGUAUUCUGUGAAUCUCACACUUUUAUUGAUCGUUGAACUGAUGUUACUUCUUAUUACUUUUACUUAUAAAUUUAAAAAUCGAAUUUACUUUAUUUUUAAGUGAUAAAUCUCUUGCCUAUUUUGUUAUCGUGUUUAUUGUUAUUAAUUUGUUUUUUUUUAUGUUUAUGCAUAUUAUGUAACAAUGACCCAUGUGUUACAUCUGUGUAUACACGGGGACUUAUUUUUGAAGAUGAUUAUUUAAUACAUUAUUACCUUUUUUCCUAUAUUAUAGUUUAUGUUAUUGUUAAGCUACAAAGUCGGAAUAUUACGAUUGUAAAACAACUGUUUAAACAACUAGUAAACUUACUUAUUGGAUAUUCUAGGCUUAUAUUUCAGUUGUACUAGCUAUAGAUGAUUUAAUUAGUUUCAGUUAAUUGAAAUCUUACUAGAGCUGUAUGGAGACUAUAAACGAUCAAGCAGUUUGAGUUAAAUGCGCAUUUAUUGUAGUUUAAGUUUAAGCACGGGUAAUAGAAUUUGGGCCGAGUUGUCUUGACCGUUUACAAAGCCUAUACGGCUGAUCUAUCUUUGUUUUUGUAGGUGUUGCCUUUAUGAUUUAGAUCUAUAUUUUAUAUACGACAUGUAAAUGAAAAUUUGUCAUGAAUCUUAAGUUUCAUUUUGUAUCUUAUUUGAUUCAAAAGUUACAAUUGUAAAAUUCGUUAUUAUUACCUGAAAUUAAGUCAUCGAUAUAUUCUUGAUAACUUUAUUACCUAAUAAUGGCCUUUUUCCUACUCGCCUGUGAUCGAAAAUAACUUUAAGUAAUCAAAGGUAGUGGGUUUAAACUUCGCUUAAUACAAAUAUUAUUUAGUGUUUAUCAGUAAUUGCCUAUUUAAUUAGAUAUGUUUAAAACAAAUUAUUAAUAUUUGUGGACUAAUGUUAAACAUUCAGUUUAGAAAUAGGAUUAUUUUUUUGUGUGCCUUAUAGUUCUUUAGCUAACAUUGUUUUGUAUGUUUAUAUCUUUACUCGUAUAAUUGAGUAGGUAUUAGAAAUCUCUUUAUUUUUUAAACUAUUGUUACUAUUGAAGACUAUAUAUUUAAAAUACCUAUAGUACCCAAUACAUAUGUUAUUUUAAUUAACCUAGCUUAAGAAAUUAUAUACAGUUUUUAUAUUUGCAAUUUUUGAUAUCAUGCCUAAAC